AGAUAUAAAUAGGGGAUGUACGAGCGCACGUUCUUCAGUUCGCGACGCCACGUUGAAAGUGUUUUACCAACAAAAUCGAUGAUGAUGAAGUCUCUCACGUUCCUCGUCUGUCUGAUAGCGACUCUCUUAGUCGUCUAUACAGACCGGUGCGAUGGCACUUCCACGUUUGCCAACGUGGUCCACCAUAUCGCGAGAUUGCCCGCUGCGGAUCAGCAGCAGUGUUACGAAUCCGCAAGUCUAACGGAAGCUGAAUUGCUCAACAAGACGGAAGUAACGGACGGCUCUUACAAGAAUCCGGAAAACGAGGAAAGGGCGAGAAAAAACGGCUGCUACGCCAAGUGUAUGUUGGAAAAGCGAGGCAUGAUUGUCGAUACGGAAAUUCAAACGGAGAAAUUAAAAGGCACAAGAGCUCACCAAGGCUUACCAGCGGAGGUUCAGAAACAAAUAUCCGACACCGUAGAUCAUUGCGUCGAUCAAGUUAAAACAAUCAACGAAAUGUGCGACAAGAUCCUCGAACUCAUGGUGUGUUUCUGGAAGGGCAUGCGAACUUAGAUUCUCAGAUUGCAAGUGACGGCAGCAUUUAUUCGGAAUCUUCUUAAUGUUUUGAAACAACGCAAUAAAAGAAACAAAUAUGCACUAUUGGAGACACAAGAUCUGAAUAUAUUUUCUUGUAUAUUAUGAUAUAUUACUACGUAGUUCAAUAAAGCACAUUAAAAAUAAAAA